UUCAAAUACUAAAUCAAAUAAAAAGCUUGAAUAUGGAAUUUAAUCGUCAAGAUCCAGUCUAGUGUCAACCGAGCAGUACCGAUGUCAGCAGAGCUUCCAUGCGAUAAUUUUCCAGACUUACUUCUUGGUAAUUUUGAGAAACAAGAAAAGAAGGACAAAAUGCGUGCGUUGUUGGAAAAAUAUUUUACAGUUUUCUCAGUUGGAUUGCAUGGUAUUGGCAAAACAAAUGUCGUGCAGGCAGACAUCAUCAUCGAAAGUGGCAAAAUAGUUUCGCAAGCUCCGUACAGAGUGCCAGAACCGAAAAGAGAAAUUGUACAUCGAGCUGGACGUCAAAUGGAUCACGUAGAUGCACUGAGCCGUACUCCGCUUGAAGAGGCGCAUGAUAUGGACACAGCCAGCCUAAAGAUAGCAAAGACUCUUUUGGACGAGACGGAUUGGCUAUUUGCCACACAACUACACGACGAUAAAAUAAAAGCAUUGUCACCGAGAUGAAAAACGACAAGAAAUCCGAGAACGACGACUAUGUGAUCGAACAAGACAGACUGUUUCGCAAGCAACGUUAUAAAGGACCGUUUAUAGUCACCAAAGUGCUGCCCAAGGAUAGAUAUCUAGUGGAAGAUAUCCCCCAUGCACAGCGAAAGCAGAGACCCUACAAAUCAAUCUACUCUUCCGACAAAAUGAAGCAUUGGUGUCAGCUGCCGCCGAAUGAAUCAGACGACGAAGAACACAAUGGCGGGAUCACAGCAAUCGACUCUUGCGAGGACGCUGCGAUUUGUCAGGAGAGGCCGUCUGUAAAGCUCAGGUAAAAGAAGCUGUUACCAACAUAACUUUUACAGUGCCACAUGAGCCCUGCAGUGAGGGCUAGGGUAUCAUUUAUCAUUUUAUCGAUAUCUUACGAUAUGUGGUCACACUAGAAAAGAAGCGAAGAAGGGAAAGCACGCGGAAAGCAAGAUCUAUUUUAACAAGUGUACUUUAAUUAUAAUUUCAUCAUCAUAUCUCAUUAUUCUAAUAA